UAAAGCUGAGCCACGAUAGACUCAUUCACCAACUCAAAAGCAACCUUACAAAACCCAAAAGCAAGAAUGGACAGAGUCAAGUCUAGCAGGGAGGUAAUGCAUAUUAAGGACCUUGGCUCCAGCCACUUGUCCCAAGAAACAGUCCAAGAACUGAUUCUUCAGUCUCAGGAGGCAAAGAAACAAGCCUACUGUCCUUAUAGCAAAUUCAGAGUGGGAGCUGCUCUCCUGACCCACGACAACUGUGUGUUUACAGGCUGCAAUGUGGAGAACGCAUGCAACAAUCUCGGCGUGUGUGCUGAAAGGAAUGCCAUCUCAAAGGCAGUGUCAGAAGGCUACAGAAGUUUCAAGGCUAUUGCAAUUGCCAGUGACCUGAUUGACCGGUUCAUUUCCCCAUGUGGUGGCUGCAGGCAGUUCAUGAGAGAGUUCGGGUCAAAUUGGGAUGUGUACCUGACAAAGCCUGAUGGUCUGUACAAGAAGAUGACUGUGGAUGAGCUGCUGCCCAUCUCCUUCGGCCCUGAAGACAUGUCCAUGAAGAAAGUGUUUGACAUUCCUAAUGAGUACUAAGUCUGUAUACUAGUACAAAAACGCAUACAAGUAGUGGUUGCUGGAGCCACCACGACAUCUACUGUGUUUAAUGUACAUGCUGAACACGUGUUCAUGAUGUUUUUAUUUAUGGUAAACACUUGUUCUUGUAUUAUUUGCUAAUUGUUAACAAUGUCAUAUUUAAAUUACCCCAUCCACAUUGAAAUAUAAAUAAAUGCAAAGUUUGAAAAUUAA